CGAACAUCCUUCUCUCUGGAAACAACUACACAAAGAUUGCCCUACUAUUCAAAUACAUGAAUAUUGGAAUGGUGGUCAAUACAACAUUCCACUCAAUCCAGGACACAUACUGUGUGGACUCCAUAAAGAACUUCUGGAAGGGAAAACGGGCAGAGGUCCUUGCACUGCUAAAGGACAAGGACAGUGUGACUGUACUCGGUGAUGGCAGGAUGGAUUCACCAGGGCACUGUGCGCAAUAUUGCACAUACACUACAAUAGAACUCGAGUCCAGAGACAUCAUCCACAUUGAAAACAUAGACAAAAGGGAGACAAAUCGAAACUCCGUGGUGAUGGAGAAGGAAGGCUUCAUCAGAACACUGGAUGCUCUGCUGCUGGAAAUCCCUGUUAAAGAAGUGGUAACAGAUGCUCACAGACAGAUCUCAGCCUUACUAGAUCCAACAAGAGGAAAAUACAAAGACUGGGGUCUGACACACUCUCUGGACAUCUGGCACGCAGCAAAGAACCUGGCCAAAAAAUUGCACGCUGCUGGCUCUGUCAAACUACAGUCAGGGAUCCAUCAGUGGAUGAGACAUAUUGUCAAUCACUUCUGGUACUGCUGUAAACAUGCAGUAACAGAGGAGAAAUUCAAAAUAAUGUGGCAUGGAGUCCUCCACCAUGUAAGAGACAAGAACAGCUGGUCUUUUGGGAGCUGUGACCACGGGCCACUUGAUGAGAACACCAGAGAUAAGCCAUGGAUGGUGCAAAGCUCUCCCUCACAUCAGGCUCUUGUGACCAUCGUCCCUGAUAAACGCUGGCUAAAGGAUGUGAAGAAGUUUACCAACUUUCAGUAAUAAAACUCACAACAUCAGACCUGGAAUCCUUCCAGAAUCACAUCCUUAUGUAUGCAGGAAAGCGCUUUUCAUUCAGCUCACCAGUACGCACCCUUCUAGCAGCAACUGACUACAACUACCACAACAACAGGCCUGCAGCUCAGGACGCUGAUGGCAAUAAAAUG